CUCGGCACUGCUCCCAGCAUCCUCUCCUCUCUGCCUCUUUCUCUCUUUCUCUAUGAAGCGCAAACUCAUAUUGGGAUAAACGCACAUCUGGCCGUUCUCUCUUCAUCACUAACAUCAGCACAGCGUGACCUCAGGGUCCGGCAUGUCGUUGUCGAAGAGGCACGAGAGCAUCUUUUGAGCGUCCGAUUCAUUUGUGCCGCGCGCCCGUCUCACCUUUAGUCCAAACGAGAAAGAUGGCUGCCGCCGCCAAGCUGCUGACCAGCGCGGGCCUGCUGCUGGCGUUCGGCUCACUCUGCCUCCUCGCCAUGGCCAUCUGCACCGACUACUGGUACGAGACGGACGCGCGGCGGCACCGCGAGCGCUGCAAGAGCUACGCGAGCAACCGCAACGACCCGGGCUACAUCUCUAUCUCGAACCGCAACCUGCCUCUCCGGAUGCCGCCGGAAACCGGUGCUGAGGGGCUGACCAGAGAGAAGCGGCACCUCGUUGCUCCGCUGGCGGCUAUGGAGUCGCACUGCAGCCGCCGGUUCAAUUCCACCGUGUCGGGUCUGUGGAGGAAGUGUUACCGCGACGGCUUCGACCUGGAGACCGACGAGCUCAUCUACAGAGGUGUGAUUCAGAGAUGCACUCCAGUGACGUAUCACUACACCUCCUCCGUCCUGCCCCGGAAUCUGCCAGUCAACAUCACUAAAACCAUUCGACAAGAUGAGUGGCAUGCUCUGCAUCUACGCAGGAUGACUGCAGGCUUUGUGGGCAUGGCUGUCUCCAUCAUCCUCUUUGGGUGGAUCAUCGGGGUGCUGGGCUGCUGCCAGCAGCACGACCUCAUGCAGUAUGUAGCUGGCCUACUCUUCCUCAUGGGAGGAACCUGCUGUAUUAUCUCCCUGUGCACCUGUGUGGCAGGAAUCAAUUUUGAGCUGUCAAGGUAUCCUCAAUACUUGUACGGCCUUCCUGAGGACAUCAGUCACGGCUACGGCUGGUCCAUGUUCUGUGCCUGGGGUGGUCUGGGUCUUACGUUACUGGCCGGCUUCCUGUGCACACUCGCACCAUCUUUAAGCAGCCCCUCAACCCAUACAACCGUCCACAAACCAAGGCACGAGAAUGGCACUGUGUGAGAAACCUUCCCACAAAUGUUACACUACAUCAGCACAGGAUGCUGGUCUGGUCAUCAUCAUCAUCAUCAUCACACACACACACCAACACACACACACACACACACACACACUGACUGCUGAAAUCACUCCACCGUCCAGUUUAACACCUCUCAUCAGCGUCAGGACAUGAGUGGUAGAGGUGGCUGGAUAAUAAUAUUUGUCUCCUGCAUGGCAGCUAGUGAUGUGUAACUGUACACAACAAAGUAGAUUGAGCGUUCACUGUCAUUCCUCAAGCACACUACAUAAGACACAAUCAGGAUAGAUUCAGCAUAGGAAAUGUACAUAAACACACACACACACACAAAAUAUACACAUAUAAAUCAUUCCAACUAAACAUUCCACCCUUCCCAAAACCUAAACUGAAAAAGAUGUCCAAAAAGGCGAUUUUUCUAUUUCUUUAUGAACAUACAUCCUAAAAUGGUGCUCUCUGUUCUCAGUACCACAUGCACAAACAUUUAAAAAAAAGUCAGGACUAGCAGGGACAAACACCAUCUGGAAGCCAUGUUUUUUUAUCUUUAGCUAAACGGUACUGCAUUGUUAUUUAUUUAUUUAUUUAUUUAUUUAUUUAUUUAUUUAUUUAGCUUUUGACCUUUCAAGAUUUAAACCCCGAUCAGGACUUGUAUAAACAUCACCAUGGUCCAAGCUCUUUGUGCUCCAUUAAAAGACUGACCUUGUAGCAUUGGUAUUUUCCUAAAGCCUCUAUUGCAGCAGUACAACAACAAAAAAAACUAGCCUGCCACAGCAUUUCCUGAUUAGAGCUUUAAAAAGAGCUAUAUCAGCAAGAAAAAGAAGAAGAAAAAUGCUACACUGGUUUUCACUGAGCUGAAGGAUCUGGACUUAUCGCUGUAAAGACUGAGGACUUUACUGAAGAGGAGAACAGCCAUGAGAGGGAGGGAAGGAUUUGUGGAAUUAUGAGAUAAAAGAAGCAUUAAAGGUUGGAUUUACACAUUGAUGCAUUAGUAAAGCAAACUUUCUACGGCCUCUACGAGUCUGUCUGUAGAAAUCCUUUUUUUUUUUCUGUAGAUUUCAUCCCGCUGUUUAUAAGAAACAAGGCUUGGCAAAGAUUGGGGCUUAAUUUUUUUCUUUGUUAUCAUGCUGACCCUGGGCAACUCCACUGUUUUGAUGGAUUGGAAACGUUUCAAUCCUCGAGAGCACACAGUAUAAAUAAUUAAGCCGACUUUUAUAACAAUGCUUCUCUGAACAUCACAUCUCGUAGAGUGGAAACGCUGUUGUGAGCUCACCCCAGGAAUCCUAAUUAUUUAUGACCAAUUAUAAAAACGGAGAAAACACCUUUAUAGUUGUUUCCCCACAAGGCUUUCAGAUCUUUCCAAGAAAAACGUGAAGAGGCGUGAAGCCUGGGAUCCAACUUUGACGUCUCACAAAUAACAGUGAGUGGUGCAAAGAAAAGUAAAGAUGCUGUAGUAAAGGUACAAUGUAUACUGGUUUGUAACGUACUGUAAUGUAUAUAUUACCCAGAAUGCAACCUUGGCCAUGGUUGUCAGGGGUAGGCUUUAUGGCAAAAAUGUUAUAAUAAUAAACAAUAUGUAUAACAAUUCUUACUAAUGAAGUGCCUCUAAAAAUACAGAGCCACAUUUAAAAUGUCAGUUUUAUAGCGGUACUGACAGAUAAAUUGUAACCACAGGGCUGUUGAGUCCUUGAUUCUGAUUGGACAGAAGGUGUUGAUUAAUUAUCAGUAACAGCAACUCUGACAAUAAUUGUAAAUUGCAUUACAGGUUUAUAUUAAAGCACUCAUUUUAACACCCUAUCAUCUGAAUUGGUUGACGCUCAUGUAAUCAUUAAAAACCCUUUUGAUUGUUGAUGUAGUGAAAGAGAUAUUCAUUUAAAAUAUUUGGAAGGCAUCGUCAGUGUCAGUGUUUAUGACAGUCGGAGGUUGUAGCUGUAAGUAAGUUUUUUGGCACAAGGACGUCUUCAGAACUGUGCAGUUUCUUGGUAAUAUGACAUUUGAUUCUUUCAGGUGAAAGAAAAACAAGGGGCUGGGGAGGGAAUGACUGUUUGUAGCUGCUAUGAUAUAAGCGAUAACAGGAACGAAUAUAUUUUUUAGAUACUCCACAACAUUAACUGUAACUAUAGACUAUUAAAAUGUAUGACAUAUUGUUCUUUAAUGGUAAAUUACUGUGGUAUAAAGAGAAAUAAAACACGUCAGGAAUUGCUGUUAGAGAGGUCAACUUUUGGGUGAUAACAGCAACACUGCACCACCAAGUCACUGAUUAUUUCUCCAUCAUUACUUUAUUCUUUACAUUGAAAUAUCAGUAUCAUAUUGUAUAUAGUCCCUGCCCUAGUUUUACUCCUCGGUAAUGAACCGACUGAGGCACACAGAGCUCUGCUGAAUUCAUGGGAAACAGGUUUGAGACAUCAACAACAUUUUUUAUUCCAAUCAGAUUUAGGCCUGCUUUUCUAAAUGGGGUGCACCAAUUUGUGAUGUAGAUAUGGAAUGCACUAAAGGUGAAGAAUACUACAGCGCAUUAAUAGUACUUGCCAGGAUUGAACAUGAGUAUAAGGUGCAGUUCUUGAAAUCUGAAGAAGCAUUAGAAAAUGAUCGAAUAAGCAAUUGAUAAGAGACACAACCACACCCAUAGCACACAAAAUGUUGCGAUCAAGUGGGGGAAAAAAAAGCACAAUUUACGUGUUCAGAAUCACCAAGCAGCUAUACAUCUGAAAUUUAUACAAUAUCCGCCAUUUAUUUUGGCACCGGAAGUAGCACCGUUUUCGUUUUGUGUGAACUGGGGGUCUAAGGGGUUCAUUUCAUGAAGCACAGGACUCAUUGUCUCGCAUGACACUGUUAUGGUGAAUUUAUUUCAAUGUAUUGAGAGACUUGUGUCCAUUUUUAAUAUGAUUUUUAUUUUACAGGAAAUAAAAUGUAAAUACUGUGUAACAUUU